CGCUCGGGGAGGGCCGGAAGUGAGGGCGGAAGUGGAGUCCGAAACGCUUUGGGAACGGUUCUGCGGUGUGAACAGAUAUUGUGUUGAGUCCAGUAGACUGGUGUCCCAGAGUGCAGGCUACCAUGAGCCAGCUCCGAGAUGACUAUGAUCCUUACGCAGUUGAAGAGCCUAGCGACGAGGAGCCGGCUCUGAGCAGUUCUGAAGAUGAAGUGGAUGUGCUUUUACAUGGAACUCCUGACCAAAAACGAAAACUCAUCAGAGAAUGUCUUACUGGAGAAAGUGAAUCAUCUAGUGAAGAUGAAUUUGAAAAAGAAAUGGAAGCUGAAUUAAAUUCUACCAUAAAAACAAUGGAGGACAAGUUAUCGUCUCAGGAAACAGGGUCUUCCCCAGGAAAUGGGAAAGUUGAAACAGGCCCAGCAAAGUACUAUGAUGAUAUAUAUUUUGAUUCUGAUUCUGAAGAUGAAGACAAGGCAAGUAUAAACUUUAGACAUGACUUAGCCAUAUCCUUAACAUUUUCAAAAUUAGCAGAAGUGACCAAGAAAAAAAAGAAGGAACGACACAGGAUUCCAACAAAUGAAGAACUACUAUAUGAUCCUGAAAAAGAUAACAGAGAUCAGGCCUGGGUUGAUGCACAGAGAAGAGGCUAUCAUGGCUUUGGAAUACAGAGGCCAUGUCAACAACAGCAGCCUGUUCCAAAUAGUGACGCUGUCUUGAAUUGCCCUGCCUGCAUGACCACACUGUGUCUUGAUUGCCAAAGGCAUGAAUCAUAUAAAACUCAAUAUAGAGCAAUGUUUGUGAUGAAUUGUUCUGUAAACAAAGAGGAGAUUCUAAGAUACAAAACCCCUGAGAAAAGGAAGAAAAGGAGAGGCUACAAGAAGAUGAGGCCUAACCACGAAGAUACUGCAGAGCAGGCAGAGACAGAGGGGGAAGAAAUCUACCACCCAGUCAUGUGCACUGAGUGUUCCACUGAAGUGGCAGUCUAUGACAAGGAUGAAGUCUUCCAUUUUUUCAACGUUUUAGCAAGCCAUUCCUAAAUAGCUAAGUUGGCAUUUAAUUACCCAAUAUUGUAUAUAAACAAAUAAGGAGUUAUUUUCCCCCUGCCUGUUCAUAUCAUGUGACAUAUUCUAAGAGGUUGAGGAAGCAGUGUUUUAUCUUUUAUCUUUUUCAAAGAGAACGGGUAUCAAACUUCAUUCCUCUGUCUCCUUUAAAAAAAAUUUUCACCAGCUCUGAUGGAGCUCCUUAUUCAUUCCCUUUCUGAUGGACAUUUGGAAACUGGGGAGCUUUUUAUUUAUUAAAGCUCUUUAGAAUUAAAAUGUUCUGGAGUUAUAAGUAA